ACUUUUGUAUUUGAUAACAAAAAUUACAGAAAUUGAAAUACGUUAAGAAAAUUUUUGUGAUUUGUGUCGACAUAUUAUUUCUUAUUAUUGUGGAUAAAAUAAUCUGAAUAUUUUCGUGGUAUACUCUUAUAAAAAUUAAAAUAAAUUCUAAACAGCUCAAAUAGAUUUUUUUUUAACAUGCCUUUUAUGAAAGGCGCUGCUCCAAUUCGGAGAACACUUCAAUAUUUAGAAGCAGGCAAUAUCAUUUUUAAAGAACGAGUUAAAAUAUUCUCAAUUCACUAUAAUACACUAGGCGACAAUCAUCGAGGUACCCGUGAAUUUGUUUUUUGGCAUUUGCCUCAAAUUCAAUUUAAGAAUCCAAAUGUUCAAGUUAUAACAUUAAAGAAUAUGACUCCAACACCCCUAAUUAGAUGUUAUCUUACUGAUGGUAGUGAUAUGCUAAUAGAUGUUGAUGACUGUGACAAAGAUAAAAUUCAUGAUCAUGUGCUGCAAGUUCUUGGUAAAGAAAAACAAACUUUAAAAAUGGAAGCCACAGCACUAGAAAAAAAAGAUAAUCCUGCCAAUUUUGGCUAUAUGUGUGAAAAACAUUGCAUUUGUGAAAUAUUUGGACAGGUUCCUUGCCCUGCAGUUGUACCUUUACCUAAGAUGUGGAGAGGCAAAUAUAAAAAUGAACAAGUUUGAAUCUUUCUAUGCUAUUGAAUUUUAUAUUAACAAUUCAAUAUAUAUAGUCAAACAAAAAAUUGUACAAACUUGUAUAAUUUUUAAUAUAAAAAAAAACUGCAGUCAAGUUUUAUAUUAAAUUUUUGAUUUAAUAUUUUUCAUCAUACAAUAUUAUGUAUUAUAAAUAAAUACAAUUUUUAGUUCACUAAGAUAAGAA